ACGACCACUCUAAUCGGAUUACUAAAAACCGCUCGUCUCCUAAGAUUAGUACGGGUAGCCAGGAAACUGGAUCGUUAUUCCGAAUAUGGUGCUGCUGUUUUGUUAUUACUUAUGGCAACAUUUGCAUUAAUUGCCCAUUGGCUUGGUUGUAUUUGGUAUGCAAUUGGAAGCGCUGAAUUGCCUCAUAAGGAAUUCACAUGGUUACAUCAACUUGCACGUCACUUAAAUGAACCAUACUUAUCAACAAACGGGAGUACGCCGACUGGUGGGCCGUCACUAAAAUCACGUUAUGUUACGUCACUUUAUUUUACACUCUCAACAAUAACCUCAAUUGGCUUUGGCAAUGUUUCUGCUACUACUGAUUCUGAGAAAAUUUUCACUAUUAUUAUGAUGAUUUUAGGAUCAUUAAUGUAUGCAUCCGUAUUCGGUAAUGUAUCAGCAAUAAUACAGCGGCUAUAUAGCGGUACAGCAAGAUAUCAUACGGAAAUGUCUAGGUUACGGGAAUUCAUCCGUUUUCAUCAAAUUCCAAAUCCUCUACGACAAAGGUUAGAGGAAUAUUUUCAACAUGCCUGGUCUUAUACCAAUGGUAUCGAUAUGAAUACUGUAUUGAAAGGUUUCCCAGAUUGCCUUCAAGCAGAUAUAUGUCUGCAUUUGAAUCGAAAUUUGCUCAACAGUUGUCCAGCAUUUGCCGGAUGUUCACCUGGCUGUUUACGAGCCUUAAGCAUGAGAUUUCGAACAACACAUGCUCCACCGGGUGAUACACUUGUGCAUCGAGGUGACGUCCUUACUGGAUUAAAUUUUAUUGCGAGAGGCUCAGUGGAGAUUCUCAAAGAUGAAAUGGUUGUGGGCAUUCUUGGAAAAGAUGACAUCUUUGGGGAAAAUCCGUUGUUACAUGAGGAUGUCGGCAAAUCAUCAUGCAAUGUUCGGGCCUUAACUUACUGUGACUUGCACAGGAUAUUACGGGAUGAUUUGCUCGAUGUGCUUGACAUUUAUCCUGAAUUUGCUGAGAAUUUUUGUCGCAAUUUAACUAUCACAUAUAAUUUAAGAGAUGAAGCUCAAUCAAUGAAGAAACGACUUGACAGGCACAAACUUUUACAAAUUUCAUCAUUGUUGGAUAAAGAAAAAAUAUCUUCGCUUCAACGAGAAGGUUCGAUAGAAAGGAGGGAUGAUUUUGUUACUCGAGCCGACCCAACAACAGGUGAAAUGUUGCUGUCAUGUCGCCGACAUGUGGAAAGCAUUCCGCUGGUAAGGGGUGAUGAAGAAGCUUAUCACAGAAUUAUCAGCAAUCCUGUAUCAAGGCAUUUGAGUAAUCGUUCUGAGGACGAUGAUGCUCGUUAUCAGCUGCUAGAGAGAAGGCUUAGUGAUAUUGAAAGCCAUCUGGAAAAAAUGGAAAACAAGAUCAACAGUAGCCUUGAACAAAUUUUGAGGGUUCUAAUUCCGGAAAAUACUUUAAUUAAUUCGUCUUCCGAUCGUUUGCCAAAAGGUACCUCCGUUCGAACUACUUACUCAUCUCGCAGUGCCUCAGGAAUUCAUCCGUUCAGGUUGGGAAACAGGAAUGAGGAAUUGAUGCCAUUAAGAUUGCCAAGCAGUUACGGUGUAACAGAUGAUAUUAGCAGUCCAUUAAUUGGUACCAGUAUUACACGUCCAACAUCGUUACCAACCACUUCACACUCACUUCAAUCUCGUCAUUCGGAUUGUCCAUCAUUAAUUUCUACUAGAUCUGGUCAAUCAACAUCAACUAGGUCUGAACUAUCACCUGAAGAUACUGAUACAUUGUUAUAG